AUGGACCUGUGCAUGCCUCGGCUGAUGAAGCUGGACCCUGACCAUUACACUUCGUUUGGACGUUUAUGUAACUGUAACCCCAACAUCAAGAGAAUUGAGAUUGCAAGACAAGCUGUUCUGAAAUCUGGAGAAGAGGGUGAAUACAGAGAUUCCCAGCUGAGAGCUGCUUACCUGGAGUGGAAGCUGUUAGAGCCGUCAGCUGGUGGGACCACUCAGAUGGUGACUUUGACAGGUUACUGGGGGCUGAGUGUGGGCUGGUUUGAGAAUCACAAACUCCUGGAAGCUGCGUUCACGGGGUUUUCCGGAUUUUCAAGGGUUUUACAGGAACCCCACCAGUUUCUUAUGGUGAAGAGUCAAGACACAUCUGCUGGUUCUGGCAAGUGGAGGAGAAAGCAUUGUUUCACCGUCUUCCUCCAGGGGGCGCUGUUUCCCAGUCUUGCACCUGCUAAACCUAGGUUCCCUUCAUGGAGGAAUCCUUCCUCUUGCCUUUCAAACACUGGAGGCAGGACUGCAAACAAGCACGCCUCUAGCAGGGACAACAAGAGCAAGGACGUGGCAGCAGGAAUCUUCAAGUCAAACAAUGGGCCGGGCCGCGCCCUCGAGGAGUCGCGCGGGGAGCAGCCGGCCUCAGCGCCCGCUGCGCCCCGCGAUCUGCUGGGCUGCCCGCGCUGCCAGCGGCUGCUCCACAAGCCGGUGACCCUGCCGUGCGGGCUGACGGUGUGCAAGCGCUGCGUGGAGCCGGGGCCCGUCCGGUCGCAGGCGCGGCGAGUCAACGUGGUGCUGAGCAGCCUGCUGGAGAAGUGCUUCCCGACGGAGUGCCACGUGCGCAGGCUGGCCGGCCAGGCGCGGAGUCUGCAGCGCCAGCAGCAGCCCCAGGCCGCGCUGCUCAGGUGCGACCAGGCUCUGGAUCUAGCUCCUAGAGAUAAUUCAUUAUUGCUGCUGCGAGCAGAAUUAUAUUUAACUAUGAAGAACUAUGAGCAGGCGCUACAGGAUGCCAAUGCAGUUUGUCAGAAUGAACCUCUCUUGACUAAGGGACAUCAUGCGAAAGCUCAGGCUCUUUCUGGAUUGGGAAGAAGUAAGGAAAUGUUAAAGGAGUUUCUCAUCUGCCUUGCUUUAAAUCCUGAGUGUAACUCAGUGAAGAAAGAAGUACAGAAGGUAAUGUGUGAGGUGUUUGUUCCAGCUUCAGAAAAUGUGCCUCAAAAUUUAACAUCUUCCAUCCAAAGCAUAAUCUUGAACAGCAGGUUGAAGGCUCAGUGUGCCAGUGAUAUAAACACCCAGCCUUUGGAAGAAGGUGACAGUGCAGGGAGUUCUAAGAAUCCAGCUGAGAAAUCUGAUGUGUUCAGAAAUACCAAUUCUUCAGUUUUAUAUUUUAUACUGGGUCUGCACUUUGAGGAGGAUAAAGAAGUGUUAGACAGUAUCCUUCCAGGAGCACCCAGCACCAGUUUAAAGAGACAGUUUCCAAAUGAUAUGGAAGAUGUGGAUGACCUGAACGGCCCUGGGAAAAUUCCCAAGAAAGAGGCAGAUUCCUCACCUCAAAGGAACAUGACCUCUAACGUAGGAGAAAUUCCAGAGCUCUCCAUAGAUGUAACAGACUUUGAGUGUGCCCUUUGCAUGAGGUUGCUCUUUGAGCCUGUCACUACACCUUGUGGACAUACAUUUUGCCUGAAAUGCCUUGAGCGCUGCCUUGACCACGGCCCGCGUUGUCCAUUGUGCAAAGAAAAACUUUCAGAAUUGUUGGCAAGCAGAAAUUUUAAUAUAACUAUUCUGGCUGAAGAAUUAAUAUUUCAAUAUUUGUCAGAUGAACUCUCUGAUAGGAAGAGAAUUUAUGAUGAAGAAAUGACAGAAUUGUCAAAUCUGACCAGAGAUGUCCCCAUCUUUGUGUGUGCCAUGGCCUUCCCCACUGUCCCGUGUCCACUGCAUGUGUUUGAACCCCGCUAUCGGCUUAUGAUAAGAAGAUGCAUGGAAACUGGCACCAAGCGGUUUGGCAUGUGUUUAUCUGCUGAACAUGCAGGAAUUUCGGAGUACGGCUGCAUGCUGGAGAUCAAGGACGUCAGGACAUUUCCUGAUGGGAGUUCAGUUGUGGAUGCCAUUGGAAUCAGUCGGUUCAGAGUUCUAAGCCAUCGUCACAGAGACGGCUAUAACACAGCCGACAUUGAAUAUCUUGAAGAUGAAAAGGUGGAAGGUCCAGAGUAUGAAGAACUUACCAGUCUUCAUGAUUCAGUUUAUCAGCAGUCAGUUUCCUGGUUUACUUCACUUCAGGAUCACAUGAAAGAACAAAUCUUAAGCCAUUUUGGAUUGAUGCCAGACAGGGAACCUGAGCCUCAGAGUAAUCCUAGUGGCCCCGCGUGGUCCUGGUGGAUCCUGGCAGUGUUGCCACUAGAACGCAAGGCUCAACUGGCUAUUCUUGGCAUGAUCUCACUGAAAGAGCGUCUGCUUGCCAUUCGGCGGAUAUUAGUCAUCAUCACGCGUAAGAUGAAUAGUCAGCAGGAGCUGGUUAAUAGCAGGGAAAGAAAUAAUUGAUCUUUUUCUCUCUGUCAAGAUUUCUGGAAGCCCUUGUACUUUUAUGAGGAGCGCUAGACAUGGACAAGUAGCAUCCCAUUCAUCAUGCUUUGUAAAAUGCUUGUUGAGGGUUACAAAAUGGAACACUUAGCAAACAUUGACUCCUACUCAAAUGUUAAAAGUCUGUGCCUGGCAGAACCUGACUAUGUUCAAGGUUAGCCUGAAGUUUGAAUGGAGCCCACGGUUGGAUAACAACCUACAAAAAUCUCUUUGAAGCAGAUGCUCUAGUGUGCAGUUCACUGACAGCAGGGAACACCACAGAUGGUUGACAACUGGUUUAGGUUUUUCAAGAUAGGACUCCCUCCCUGGUAAAGUAUCUCGCUAUACCAGAUGGGAACAGCAUGCUCUGGUGGCUAGACAGUAAGAGGGGAACCACAUUUUUAUCUGGAAGCAGAUUUCUCAGAGCACGGGCUAACUGAAAAUGCGCUUCGGCUUUGUGUGUCACUGUGAAGUUGUCUGUGAAAUUGGGGAAUCGAACUGUUGUCCAGUGCAGGAGCCAAAAUUAGUCCUUACCCAAGAAGUAGUAGCUACCAGAUAGAACUGUGUUGUGUGUCCCAUAGUAGUUCAGAUAUUGUACGUUGCAUGUUGUAAUCAUAUCAACAUCAGAAUACACGAAGGUAUACCUUGGAUAUAGAAAAAUCUGACAACAGUAUAGUUUAUUUGAGGCUAUAUAUUUAUAUACACUCAAUAAAGAGUGAGCAAAAGUUCACUAAAACCGUAUGUGUAUUGGAAUGUCAGACAUAUGACCAAACUAGUACAAAAACCUCCUUGAAAGCAUAAACCUGUCUCAUUAAUUUGGUGGAUACUAAACGUGUAGGAAAUAGUCCUCUUCCUGCUAGGCUUUGCAUUGGAAAUUAGGUCCCUCAGUAAAUUUGAGUUCACCAUCCAUCUAAUCAUACAUGAGGACAUUACACGCUAUGGAAUGGGACUUUAUUUCCUCCAGGAAAACCUAUCAGGACAGUAUGAAAGAAGGAGGUGGGUAUGGGAUGUAAAUAUUCAGCUAGUUUUUCUUCCAGCUUCCACCUAAAAAUUGUCUCAAUGUUUUUUGAAAAGAAGUUUUAAAAGUGAUCAGACCCAGUGUUACCUACUAAAGAACAGUGCAUUACAACUUCAACCUAUAAUGCAUAUUUGUAGUACUACUUGAAAUUACCAUGUGAACUAAACUAAGAUACUGAAUCGUUCCCACUGGCCUAACCAGCUGGUGCACUGAAUUGGUUUCUUGGGCUGUGCCGUGGAUGCUCCUAACUGAAAGAGGACGAGAACCAGACCAGAGAAUAAAUCUCAUAGCUGUUAAGUUUGGCUUUUUUCAUUCAAGGUGUAUCAUAUUUGAGUUUUAACAGAUACAUUGCAUAAUGUCAGAAUUGGUUGUUUAUCAAUCCAUCAAACAUUUUAUUAGAAUGGGUUUUCAGUAGCUAACUCUCAGUUUCAUUAUGUGAGUGAGAAAAUACUCUUCUUGUAUAACAUAGUCAUAAGGAGAAAAUGUGAAAGUAUUUCCAAUCAGAUGUUUCUGGUACCUCACUUAUCGCAAAUCUCAAAUCUCAUCUUGAACAUGGUUUAAAGGCAAUUUGGCCAAGUGAUUUCUAAAAUAUGUUAUUGAUUCAUGUGUUGAUGAUAGUAUUCAACAUUCUUAGGCAUUGUAUUCUAAUCUAAUCAUUUAAAAGAAGGCAAAAUUGUAGCUAGUAUGCCAGAGGACCUGUUUUAGAAAUGGCUCCUAAAACUGAGUAUGCAUUGACCAUUCCCUUUUUUUGGAGAAUCUUUCCUAUCUAAAAAUAAUAGCAUUGCUAUUUCCAUUUGGGAAUAAUAACCACAGUGUGAUCCUUGUUUCUGCAGGAGCCUUCCUAAAGUUAAAUCUCUGUGCUCAGAGUACCAGGGCUUUUCCUGUCCCCAUCCGAUGCUAUGGCUUUCCCAACCUUACUCCUGAAAUGUCAUAACUGACACAGAUCUCUGAUCAGAAUCAUCAUGUUAUUGCUUCCUAAUUCUGUCUGCCUCUUUCUGGAUUGUCACCUUGUUCCUAGUGCUCUUACAUAAAAGACUAUUCCACAGCAAUGAUGUAGAUGGAACAGCAAACAAUUUUUAUUGUUUUUGUCUUUUGAUACCCAAGGGAGUCAACUGUGACCGCUUCCUGCUCUGUCCAGCACCUCAGCUCUCUGCCCAGAGCUGAGCAGGAGUAGAAGGGCAUUUCCUGAGCACCUAGAUGACAUUGUUUCAGGAAGUCAGACCAAGGAAAUAAUAUCUCAAGUCAUAUUAUGAGGGAAGUUUCCUUUCACAAACUUAAACCUAAAUUCUAGUUUGUUACAAAUUUAGCUAAAGCAGAAUAGCUUUGCCCCUCCCCCUACCUCUUUUCUGUCAUGGAGAUGUCUUUUCUAAUAUUUCUCAGAAAAUAGCUCUCAUUCAGAGUUAGAACAUUCAAGUUUAAUUUUACUGAAAAUGGUCCAACACUAAUGGUCUAGUUCUACAUCAGAAUAAAAGCAGAAUCUACUUAGAGUAAUAAUAACAGCGCGGGGGAAUAAUUUUUUUUUUAUAAAUACAGUAAUUGAAGUACAUUCUAUACCCUCUGUUAGGUAUUUUUCCAUUUUGCUCUCCUAAGUGGCUUGAUUCCUAAUUCCUUCCCUGCCCACGUCUCUGAAAUACAACUGAUAUCCUGAUAGGCAGUAUUCUGAAAGCUCAGAUUUUUAGGGUACCACAUUCCCUAUGUGUCCUCAUCUUCAGAAUUGAAAGUUAGAAUACUUUUUAAAGUUCCGAAUUUAAAAAAAUGAAAAUGUUAAGGUUUAUCCAUGGAACCACAACAUUAGCUGAUUCAUAUGCCAAAUUUUAGAAUGUUAUCCCAUUUUUAUAACCACCACAAAGUCCUUUCUUGUCUUAAGUAUCACCGUCCCCGACCUCCCAAACCAAAAAGCACCAAGACUAUUUAGUAAGUUGUGUCUCAACUAUUAACAUACGUCAAGUCUUACCAUGGGGCUUUUGAAUUAUCAAGGAACAAAAUAGAUGGUAGAUAAGUUACCAUGAACUAUGAUAUUAUCAUUUUGUCAUAAAAUUAUUUGAAAAUUGGCCAUUGCUGCAAUCAAAUACUCCAUUGCCUGACCUAGCUGUAUCACAUAGAAGUCAAUAUGAUUUUUAAGUUGCUCUGUUUCUUCUUUUCUCCUUUUGUGUUUUCUCCCACCACUUAAAUUACUUUGGUAGAUACCACUCUUUAAAGUUUAGAUGCUGUUUAUCAAAUAAAGUGACAGAUAUGAAGAAGAAAGAGCAUUAGGCAGGAAAAGAAAUGUGGAUGAUUUUUGUUCCUUUGUUCAAGGCAUGAGGUUUAUUUUUUCUGAAUAUCCUUAUGAAUCAGGGUAGAGGGGUUCCUAUCUCCCAUUUUCAACCUGAAUAGCAGCGGCAGCUUGGAGAAAGAAGUUCUUUGCCUGUAGCUCUACCCCAUUCUAAAAGACCCUGUCCUGAUUCUAUGUUUCAUCACAACCCAAAACCAGGGAGGCUGGAUCUGGAUGGAGGGUGAGCUGUGUCAGCCACACGGGAUAACUGAACCCUUAAUGUUGCCCAAUAUCACCUUGUCCUUACUGACACCCACGCUUCCUUCUGAGCUAUUGACUUCUGACUUGUAGGAGAAGGUCUUUCUGCCUUUGCAACUCCUCACCUUAACUUCACCUUAACUUUGGCCUCUCGACUGCUAAAAAAAAAAAAAAUUAACCAGUAUCUGCUGAAUGCUGUCAAGUAACUGUUAGUAGUAGGUUUGCUUUUGGGUGAAUAUUAGCAUCUUGAAUAUUAGAAUAGUGGAGUAGCAUAAACUAUUGAGGAAAUUAAAGUGCUACCAAUAUAGGUGGACGAUUUGGGGACAUGAGUUCUGACUUGUGGCCAAGUCUUAAUUUCUAAAGGUGACUGGGUGACAAUGCAGAGAGGUCCAUGCCAUUGAAAGACAAGUUUGUUACUCAUCUUUCCACUAGAAAUGAGAGGCAUGCCCCCAGGGCCACGUGGGGAAGCCCCAGAGCCAGAAAGCAGUAGCAGGAGUGAGGGGAAAACAAGGGGAGAGCCUCUGUUGUGCUUCUGUGGGGAGCGCCAGGCAAGGCAAGGGAGACAGCUUCGGGCUGUCUGGUUUGGAUGGUCGUGAUUGGCUCUGGCUAUAAGAGUGGAAUCUACUUGUCUGGUAUUGAGCCCUGAGUGAUUAAGUCGAGGACGCUUUUCUCCCAGACUGACAGAGCCAGACAAAGGGGGUGGCUCAGAAUAUGGACUCUGGAUUGGUUGGUUCUCGUACGAAAGGCAUGCUUCCUUGUGGGCCCUUUGCUGUCUCUCACUGGCCAGCCCAGGAGAGGCAGUCUUCCCAGUAAUGAUGUUUCUGGUAUGAUGGCCUUGUAAAGUAAGCUUGGAAAUGCUCCCUCUUCUUCCAUCUUUGAGAUGGUUUGAGAAGGAUUAGUAUUAAUUGUUUAAAUGAUUGGUAGGAUUUGCAUGUGAAGCCAUCUAUUUCUAGGAUUUUCCUUUUAAGAAAGUUUUGAUUACUGAUUCAGUGUCCUUGCUUGUUACUGACACUCUCGUAUUUUCUAUUACUUCAUUAUUAAGUCUUGGUAAAUUGUAUAUUUCUUUGAAUCUAUCCAUUUCUUCUAAAUCAUCUCAUUUAUUGACAUAGAUGUUCAGAGAAUUCUCUUGAGAGCUUUUGUAUUUCUGUGGUGUCAUUUGUAAUGUCUUCUCUUUUGUUUAUCACAUACUUGAAUCACAUACUUUUUCUUAGUCUGGCUGAAGGAUUGUCAAUUUUAUUUUUUUAAAAAACAACUCUUUACUUCAUUGAUCUUUAAGUUUAAGGUUAGGUUUAUUUCUUUUUUCUUAAUGUAAGCAUUUAUUGCUAUAAUCUUAAAGUUUAAGGUUAGGUUUAUUUCUUUUUUCUUAAUGUAAGCAUUUAUUGCUAUAAUCUUCCCUCUUUAGAACUGCUUUCGCAGUUCCCAUAAGUAUCAGUAUGCUAUGUUUCCAUUUUUCAUUUGUCUCCAGAUAAACCCUUUUAAUUUCUUUGAUUCAUUCAGAAGUAUGCUAUUUAAUUCCUACAUUUUUGUGAAUAUUGUAGCUUUCCCUCUGUUACUGAUUUCUAACUUCAUUGUGUUUGGAAAAGAUACUUGAUAACAUUUCAUCUUUUAAAUUUAUUAAGACUUAUUUUGUGGCCUUUAUAUGGUGCUAGAGAACGUUCCAUGGGCACAUGAGAAGAAGGUAUAUGUUACUGCUGUUGGGUAGAAUAGUCAGGAUGUGUCUGUUAGAUCCAUUUGGUGUAAAGUAUAGUGCAAGUCCAUUGUUUUCUAGCUGAUCUUCUCCCUGGCUAAUAUCCUUGCUGAAAGUGGGGGUGAAGUCGCCUACUGUCACUGCAUUGCUAUCUGCUUCAGACUUUAGAUCUGUUAAUAAUUGUUCAUUGUAUUCAGGUGCCCUGAUAUGUGGUAUCAUGUGCACUUGUUAUAUCCUCUUGAUGAAUCGAUCCCUUUAUCUUUAUAUAAUGACCUUCAUCUCUUGUUACAACUUUUGACUUAAGGUCUAUUUUGUUUGACUUUAAGUAUAAUUACCUCUGCUUUCUUUUGCUUUCCAUUUGCGUGGAAUAUAUUUUUCUGUGUCUUCACUUUUAGCCUAUGAGUAUUGUUAAAGCUUAAUUGAGUCCCUAUGGGCAGUAUAUAGUUGGGUCUUUCUUUUUUUAUCUUUAGCCACUUUAUGUCAUUUAACUGAAGAAUUUAAACCAUUUACCUUAGAAUAAUUAUUGAUAGAAAGUGGCUUACUGUCACCAUUUUGUGAAUUGUUUUCUGAUUGUUUUGUAGUUCAUUUGUUCCUUUUUUCUUCUGUGGUCUGUCUUUCUAAAUUAAUAACUUUUGUAGUGAUAUGCUUUGAAUUUUUUUCUCUUUAUCAUUGGUGUAUCUGUUAAUAGGCUUUUGCUUUGAUUUCCAUGAGGCUUUCAUAAUACAUCUUAUAGUUUUAAGUCUAUUUUAAGCUAAUAAAAGGUAAAUUUUAAUUGCAUAAAAAGUUCCUCACAUUUACUUGUCACCUACAUUUUUAUCUUGUUGAUGUCACAAUUUCCAUCUUUUUAUAUUAUGUGUCCAUUAACAAAAUAUUGUGGCUAUAGUUAUUUUUAACACUUUUGUCUUUUAACCUAGAUGCUAGAGUUGAAAGUACUUUGCACAUUACCAUUACAGUAUGAGGGUAUUUCGAAUUUGACUAUAUAUUUAACUUUACCAGUGGUUUUCAUAUUGUUAUAUGUUUUCAUGUUACUAAUUAGCAUCCUUUAGUUUUAGCUUGAAGAACUGCCUUUGGCAUUUCUUGUAAGGCAGGUCCAGAGGUGGUGAAUUCCCUUGGCUUCUGUGUAUCUGAGAACGUCUUUAUCUCUCCUUCCUUUCUGAAGGACAGCUUUGCUGGGCAAAGCAUUCUUGUUUGGCAGGUUUCUUCUUAGAGAACUCUGAAUAUCUUAUCCCAUUCUUUCCUGGUCUGCAAGGUUUCUGCAGAGAAAUCUGCUGAUACCCUUAUGGGGUUUCUGUGUAUGCAAUGAGUCUUUUUUUCCUCUUGGGCCUUUUUCAAAAUUCUCUCUGCCUUUGACUUUUGAGAGUUUUAUUAUAAUCUGUCUCAGUGAAGAUAUCUUUAAGUUGAAUCUGUUUGAGUUUCAUAUACCUGAAUGAUUCAUAUCUCUUCCCCAAUUAGGGAAGUUUUCUUCCAUUAUUUCUUUAAAUGUUUUUUUCUCUCUCUUUCUGUGACAUAAAUAAUAUGAAUAUAUUUUUGCUUGAUGGUAUCCCUUAACACAUAGGUUUUCUUCACUCUUUUUCUUUUUAUUUAUUUAUUUAUUUAUUUAUUUAUUUAUUGGCCUCUGAUUGGAUAAUAUCAAUGCUCUGUCUUUAAGUUUGUAAAUUCUUUCUUCAGCUUGUUGAGGCUGCUAUUGAGGCUCUCCGUUGCAUUUUUCAUUUAAUUUAUUGUAUUCUUCACAGUUUUGUGUUCUAGAAUUUCUGUGUGGUUCUUUUUCUAUGGUUUCUAAUUUUUGUUGAACUUUUUGUUUUGUUCAUGCAUUAUUUUUUCCUGAGGUCAUUGACUUGUUUAUCUCUGUUUUCCCAAAUUGCACUGAGCUUUUUAAAAAUAAUUAUUCUGAGUUAUUUUUCAGGUAACUCCUAGAGUUCCAAUUCUUUGGGGUCAGUUGCUGGAAAGUUAAUUGUGUUCCUUUUGUCAUGUCAUGUCUCCUUGCUCUUUGUGUGUUUCUAGUGGGUUUUACAUUGAUAUCUGAGCAUUUGAGGGAGAAUUCACCUCUUCUAGGCUUUUCAGACUGGCUGUGGUGAGGAAAGAUUUUCACCUGAAGGGCUGUAAGGGCACUGGUUUAGUAGGAUGUAUUUCUUAUUCUGGGGAUGGCACAGUGACAUAGUCUCCAUGCAGGUCUGUUAAUUUUUUCAGUUAUUAAAAAAGUUUAAUGUUCAUUCAUUUUUGAGAGUGAGAGAGCACAAGCAGGGAAGGAGC